AUGUCCAAGGUCCCCGCUGCCCUUAACGCUACCGAGGAGGACGUCCAGCUCCUCCUCUCGGCCCAGGCCCACCUCGGCACCAAGAACUGCGACAAGUCGAUGGAGCAGUACGUCUGGAAGCGCCGCGCCGACGGCAUCCACGUCCUCAACGUUGGCAAGACCUGGGAGAAGCUCGUCCUCGCUGCCCGUGUCAUUGCCUCGAUUGAGAACCCCGCCGACAUCUGUGUCAUCUCGGCCCGCCCCUACGGCCACCGUGCCGUCCUCAAGUACGCCAAGUUCACUGGCGCCCAGGCCAUUGCCGGCCGCUUCACCCCCGGUUCGUUCACCAACUACAUCACCCGCUCGUUCAAGGAGCCCCGCCUCAUCAUUGUGACCGACCCCCGUGUCGACCACCAGGCUAUCCGUGAGGCCGCCUACGUCAACAUCCCCGUCAUUGCCUUUGCCGACACCGACGCCUCGCUCAAGUUUGUCGACAUUGCCAUCCCCACCAACAACAAGUCGCGCCACUCGAUCGGCCUUCUUUGGUACCUCCUCUGCCGUGAGGUCCUCCGCCUCAAGGGCGAGGUCCCCCGCGGCCCCACCGGCCCCGCCGGCUGGGACGUCCUCCCCGACCUCUUCUUCUACCGUGACCCCGAGGAGAUUGAGCGCGAGGCCCAGGAGAAGGCCGCCGCCGCCGAGGAGGAGGCCGCUGCCGCCACCGAGACCGCUGCCCCCGUCGCCGACGACUGGGCUGCCGGUGCCUCGAACGACGCUGCCUUUGCCGCCCAGCCCACCGACCAGGCCCUCGACUGGUCGGCUGAGCCCCAGUCGGGCGACUGGGCCGCUGAGCCCGCCGCCGCCACUGAGGCCGCCACCGAGUGGUAA